UUCCUUCCGCGCAGGCGCGCUGGGCCCGGUUAUUGUCAGUGGUACCGCCGGUGACCGGGUCUCCCUCGUCUCUGGUCCUUCGGGGCGGCCUUCUGUGGUGGUGCCGCCUUCGCCAUCUUGGGCCAGCGCAGGCACGAUGCCGAUCAACAAAUCAGAGAAGUCGGACAAGACAGAAAAUUCUGACAAUGUCAAGGUGGUCGUUCGCUGCCGACCUUUCAAUGAGCGAGAGAAGACCAUGUGUUACAAAAUGUCAGUUAAUGUUGAUGAAAUGCGAGGAACAAUUACUGUCCAUAAAACAGAUUCUUCCAAUGAACCUCCAAAGACUUUUACGUUUGAUACAGUUUUUGGACCAGAGAGCAAGCAACUUGAUGUUUAUAAUUUAACUGCAAGGCCAAUUAUUGAUUCUGUUCUGGAAGGAUACAAUGGCACCAUUUUUGCUUAUGGACAGACUGGUACAGGAAAGACAUUUACUAUGGAAGGGGUCCGGGCUGUUCCAGAACUCAGAGGGAUCAUCCCCAAUUCUUUUGCUCAUAUAUUUGGACACAUUGCAAAGGCUGAAGGGGAUACAAGGUUUUUGGUUCGAGUCUCUUAUUUGGAAAUCUACAAUGAGGAAGUGCGUGACCUACUGGGGAAGGACCAGACACAGAGGCUAGAGGUUAAAGAGCGACCUGAUGUCGGAGUCUAUAUCAAAGAUCUUUCAGCUUAUGUUGUGAACAAUGCAGAUGAUAUGGACAGAAUUAUGACGCUUGGCCACAAAAAUCGUUCUGUUGGGGCAACUAAUAUGAAUGAACACAGUUCCCGUUCCCAUGCUAUCUUUACAAUAACAAUUGAAUGCAGUGAGAAAGGUGUGGAUGGCAAUAUCCACGUACGCAUGGGCAAGCUGCACCUAGUAGAUCUUGCGGGAUCAGAAAGACAGGCAAAAACUGGAGCUACUGGGCAACGACUGAAAGAAGCUACAAAAAUUAACCUUUCUCUCUCUACUCUUGGGAAUGUCAUUUCUGCACUGGUUGAUGGAAAGAGCACUCAUGUGCCUUACCGUAACUCCAAGCUGACUCGAUUGCUCCAGGAUUCCCUUGGAGGCAACUCCAAGACUAUGAUGUGUGCAAACAUUGGUCCAGCAGACUACAAUUAUGAUGAGACUAUCAGCACUCUGCGAUAUGCUAACCGUGCCAAGAACAUCAAGAAUAAAGCUAGGAUUAAUGAAGAUCCCAAGGAUGCCUUACUUCGGCAGUUCCAGAAAGAAAUAGAAGAACUUAAGAAAAAGUUGGAGGAAGGGGAAGAGAUCUCUGGCUCUGAGAGCAGUGGUUCUGAAGAGGAGGAAGAUGAGGAUGAUGGGGAAAUUGGCGAAGAUGGAGAAAAACGGAAGAAGCGAAGGGGCAGUAGCACCAGCAGUAGCUCAGACUCUACAUGCUCUGUCAUAGAAAAACCUCUGGACAAAUCCUUCACUAGAAAGAAGAAGGUUUCUCCUGACAAGAUGAUGGAAAUGCAAGCCAAGAUUGAUGAAGAAAGGAAAGCCCUUGAAACAAAGCUUGAUAUGGAAGAGGAAGAAAGAAACAAAGCCCGGGCAGAGCUUGAAAAGAGAGAGAAGGACCUACUUAAAGCACAGCAAGAACACCAGACUUUGCUGGAGAAGCUGUCAGCUUUGGAAAAAAAAGUGAUUGUGGGAGGCGUAGAUUUGCUGGCUAAAGCAGAGGAGCAGGAAAAGCUUCUAGAAGAAUCCAACAUGGAGCUUGAAGAACGUAGGAAAAGAGCAGAGCAGCUCCGUAAGGAGCUUGAGGAGAAAGAGCAAGAGCGUUUGGAUAUUGAGGAAAAGUACACCAGCCUUCAGGAGGAAGCACAAGGGAAGACCAAGAAGCUAAAGAAAGUCUGGACAAUGCUAAUGGCAGCAAAGUCAGAGAUGGCGGAUCUGCAGCAGGAACAUCAGAGAGAAAUUGAAGGCUUGUUGGAGAACAUCCGACAGCUUAGCAGGGAGCUGCGACUUCAAAUGCUUAUUAUUGACAACUUCAUACCUCAGGACUAUCAGGAAAUGAUUGAAAAUUAUGUCCACUGGAAUGAAGAUAUUGGAGAGUGGCAGCUGAAAUGUGUUGCAUACACUGGGAAUAACAUGAGAAAGCAGACUCCAGUGCCUGAUAAGAAAGAAAAAGAUCCCUUUGAGGUGGAUCUUUCCCACGUGUAUCUGGCUUACACUGAAGAAAGCCUGAGGCAGUCUUUGAUGAAACUAGAAAGACCAAGGACAUCAAAAGGACGAUCGAGGCCCAAAACUGGCAGAAGGAAACGUUCUGCAAAAUCAGGAGCUGUGAUCGAUUCAUUACUUCAGUAGACUUGAAACAGCGUGAUUUCAGAAAAAGAUAAAGAAAAGAUGUGUGUGGCUCAAUGCACUGCAAAAUAAUGCAAAUUCUUGAUUCUGGAAUUCGCAGAAGAGUUUGAUGUCUUGUUGGCACUGAAGUUGCUAUAAAGGCCUGCAGUGGUGGCUUGAGACAGCAAGGAAAUACAUUUCUUUUGAUUGAUUUUUCCAUCUUUCACACUGACAUAACAUGUUUAAUCUAAGCUGUGUGGUGACAGUAAACUUGUCAGUGUUACUGAUGUUGCUCCAGACAUUAUGCAGGAGAAGCUAUUGGGGAAACCCUGUGUUUAAAAUGGCAUGUAUAGAUUGGAGGCAGGUGUGCGUGCAUGUGUGUCUAAUUUUAAAGCACAUUAGCUCUGUUGUAAGUAGGUGGCCAGAAUUCUCUACUCGAUAUAUACAGUUUUGCUUUAUAUAUUGCCAUUUGUCACUUGUACUGUUCUAUGCUUGCAAUAUUGCAGACAUCUGCUUUUUCUUUUCUUUUCCGGAGUGGUAGCUGCAGAGUCAUGGAAUAUUCUGAAUCCUUUUUUGUCCUCGCAUCUAUGUACAAAUAACUUUCAGUUCCUUUAGCGUGUGCAUAAUACUCAUAGAUGUAACUCGUUGUUAAACAGAAACUGAUUGUUGCAAACCAAGGUGGUGGUGGGCUUCCCUUUAGGGAUCCCUGAGAGUUAAAUCACACCUUGUGUUCUCUUUGAAAUGGGCCACUCUUGGUUUUGGGAACAAUUCGCUGAGCACUGACUGUUAAACAAAUUACCUUUCAUUUUGACCAAGGUAGGCAAAGUUCCUGUUGGAGGAAGAUGGGAAUAGUACUGAGCGGCUAAUGGUCUUUUUUUUUUUUUUUUUUUGCUCAAAAAAAGUACAUAUCAAUAUUAGAAGCUACUUGCAAGCAAUAUUCCAGGGUAAAGAGCAUUGUUGUGUUUUUAUUACUUCAGAUAAAAGUCCUCCUGGAAGGGAGGAAGGGAUUUUUGACCCUACCCUGUACUUGCAAGAAAAUGGACAAGGAUCCAUUUUGUGUUUGCUGUAGAGCAGACUGGGGGUCAUGCAGCACCCCAGGUGACAUUGGAAUGCAAUGCCCAGCAGCCCUAGGCCCUUAUAGGACCAGUUCACCUAUAAACAAAAAAAGAUGAGUUAGCGAUUUCAUUUUUGGUAAUGGGCUUUGAGGACUUUAAGUGCAAGGAUCCAUAUUGGGUUUGCUGUAGAGCAGAGUGGGGGUCAUGCAGCAUUAACUGAGCCCCAGUAAUGGUCCAAGAUACAGAAGCCCCAGUAAUGGCUUCUGCAUCUUGGGGUUCUUAUUCCAGCAUCUGCUCACAGUAAUGCGCAGCACUUCUUAACCCCUACUCCACAGUGUCACUGAGCAUGAAAAGUUUCCUUUUGCCUUCUGUGUUAAGUGUUAACUUAAUUCUGUGUGACAUAUGGUGGUAAUAGCUGAUGUUCAAAACCUUGUUUACAGUUAAAUAUUGAUAUAGUUGAGGCUUGCAAAUUGAAAUGUGUUGUUUUUCUGGAGAAAGCAAGCAUAACUACUCUUAAAGAGCAAUGCCAUUU